AUUAUUGGAAACUGAGAGAAAGCAUAAUGAAACAUUGGAUAUUCAAUAUCCUAACAUAAAAAAUAACAAUAACUGCAAAAGUAGGUCCAUUCUAGAAAAACACUGUGUACUAGAAAAUCUACUUCAAAAUCCAAGUAACAAUUUUAUCAGUAUAGGAGUUAACAAAACUGAUAAUAUGGAACAGAAGAUUCAUGCAACCGAAAGUGAAAUAAAUUUAAAUAGGAAUAAAGUACCUGAAUCUUUUAAGCCAGGAACAUCUAUGAAAUCCAAAAGCCCAGAUAUUUUGGCAUUCAGAAACAGGAGCAUAAGUUCAUUACAUAAAUCAUGCACAGUAGAGGAUAAUGCUAAUGUAAAGAAAACUAUAUCUGAUCAAAAUGAAAAAGAUUUCCAGCGAGGUAAAAUAAACGAUGUAAUUAUAACAAAUAAUUUUUUCCGAAGUUUAACUGAUGAUAAUAACUUGUCGAUAAAAACACAAAAUCAAAUUGUAAACGAGCAGUAUAUUAUUUUAUCAGAUGAGAGAACAGCAGCGAAAUAUAAACAAACUGAGAAAAUCAAGAAUGGAGUAACUGUACUACCAGCUAAACCGACAAGAUCACUGCCUACAAAUUUGAAAGUUUCCAUCGAAGACAAUAACAAGAAGUCGAAAUUAGUUGAAGUUAAGAAUAAAUUGACAAAUUCAACGCAAUUAUGUGCAGAUGAGACAAAUAUGGAGGAUAAUGAACAAAACCAGUCAUUUGCAGUACAAAAUAUAAAAAAGAAAAUGGGUAGACCCAGGAAAGUGAUAAAUGAUUCCAUAGACCAAAUCACACCAACGAACUCAAAAGAUAAAUAUGAUAUAUUGCAAGAGAUUCCUGAAACCGAAUCCAUAACACGUGAUAGAAGAUGUGCAAAUAAAAUUAGAACAGUUAGUAGUAUGAGCGAUGAAACCAGUACGGAAGAGGAAAUUUUUGUCAAAAAACGAGGUCGACCACUUGGUUCAAGAGGCCGGAAUAAAAAACGCGGUCGGGGACGCCCUCGAGGAAGUGUCAAGAAUAAUAAACAAAGCCAGUCAUUUGCAGUACAAAAUAUAAAAAAGAAAAGGGGUAGACCCAGGAAAGUGAUAAAUGAUUCCAUAGACCAAAUCACACCAUUACAAAAUUUGGUAGAUACCGAAUACACUACUGGAUUAACAACACACGUUUCUCGAUCGAGAACGGAGAGUAGCGAGACUGAUGAUACAAAUGCAACAAGUUGUACAGUGAAUACCAAAAAUGAUGUUAUAGAUUUGAACGUUCCACAUAUUGAAAAAGCUAUACAAAUGGUAACUUGUGCUAAAUGCGACCAAGAAAUAUCGAAGAAACAGUGGUCAUCACACAAUUUAAAUUACCAUAAUAACAUGGCUUGGCGAAAGGAUGAUGAGCCAUUGGACUUUGAAAAUGACAUAAAAUUGUUGAAGAAAGUAUUAACUGCUGCUCUUAAGCAAAAAAAGAAAUUUUUUACUUGUGAAAAAUGUGAGGCUGUAAAACGGAGUGUCGGUGGUUUCAUAUCACAUAUGCAAUUUUGUGGUAAAUCAGAAGAAGAAAGACAAGCGUUAAUGAUUACAUGUCCCAUUUGCAAUGCAAUUAUGAUGCCUUCCUCUAUGGAAGUACAUGAACGUUAUCACAGACAAUUAGAACAAAAUAAAAUUAAAGAAGCAGAUGUACGAAUAGAAAGAACUAAACGAAAAGCAGCAGAAAAAGCAGUACCAAGGAUAUUGGAAUUCACCAAAUCUUUGAAAGAGCAAAAUUCAAGCACGAACGAUGUAGUACAAAUAACGGAUAAGAAAAAAAUACCAAGCAUCUGGAAAGUUAUGUGGAAAAAAGAAUUAGAAUCGGGUGUCAUAUCUUGUAAGCAUAUAGGAUGUACUUUCACGUGUUCCUCUUAUGAAACCAUUUGUGAACAUUAUUAUCAAUGUGAUUUCAUUCCACAAGAGAAUUUUAUGUGUAAAAUCUGCAAAUUUUCUGCAGAUUCUAGAGAUAAGAUUAUAGAUCAUAUAACAGAAAUUCAUUCCGGCAACAAUGACUUAGAAAAAUAUUCUGAUUACGAGACAGAGGAAGAUGAGUAUCUGUCGGAUGAAAGUAUACUUGAAUGUGAUGUAAAAAGAAAGUUCAAUAGUCAUCAUUUAUCAAAAAUAAAAUCUGACAAUACAAAAAUCUACCGAAAAAUGGUUUUCUUGGAUAAAGAGAUAACGCAAAAUCCUCAUUCAAACGAACUUUUUAAAUCAGCUUUACUUUGGACUCUGGAUUUUGAGCAGAAAAAUUAUGAAUUGGCGUUAUUCAAAGAUGAUAUGCCGAAUUGUUUUACGUUAUUGAAAAAUAAUGAUGCCGCAAGGUAUUUCCCAGAACUAACAGUUUCAAUGGCCUUCAAGUGUGUAAACGUCAAUUCAUCGAAAACGAGUUCUGAUAACGAUAGUUGGAAGCGCAUGAAUAGAUUCGAGGGUGAUAUCUAUGAAACUGUGCCAACAUUUUUUGUCGGUGGUCCUGUAUGGGCGUUAGCGUGGUUGCCCAUUCCAUUACCAAUGUGGUCCAAAAAUCCGACUCAAUACGUCGCAAUUAGCACACAUCCCACGAUGGAAAGUAAAUAUACUGUGGGAAAGAAAUAUUUAGGCCCGAAUGUUCUGCAGAUAUGGGAUAUUGGAUCUUUAAAUCAUCAAAUUAAUAGCAAGAAUAGAUCACCCGUUUUAGCCUAUGCAAUUGCACAUAAUAGCGGAACAAUUUGGUGUUUAGAAUGGUGUCCAUCGGGAUGCUAUCAGGAUGUCGAUCUUGACAAUUAUAAAGCAGACGAAAGAAAGAUCAAGCGAAUGGGAUUACUUGCAGCUGCAUGCUCGGACGGAUGUAUAAAUAUUUAUUCGCUACCGUUUGCGGAUGAACUUAAAUUCGAAAAAACGGAAAAUAAUUCGUGGCCGAUUUAUAAGACUGAUCCAGUGAUGACACUAGUUGUAAAUACCUUUAUGUACGAUAAUAACGAACAAAAUUGGCAAUGUACUAAGCUAUCCUGGACGAAGGAACAUGGACACAGCAUCAUCGCGGCAGGUUUCUCGAAUGGUUACAUCGCACUGUGGCAUCUUACGACUGUCUCACCUCUGUUGCUCAACCUACGGAUGAAUACAAAAUUUAUAAACGCAUAUCAUCAUUUCUUUGCUCAUUACAACGCAAUUACCAUGGUGGCAUUAGUUCCAUACGGCAAUAGUCGAUUCCUUGCUUCCGCGAGUGUAGACAAAUCUUAUAAAUUUUGGGAUUUAGAAGACACGAGUGCACCGCAAAGCUAUGUGAAAAAAGGCAUAGUAUCGAACGGUGUAUGGAUGACAAACUGGCCGUGUGCAGUUCUUAGUUUCGACGAUGCACUUGGAUACCAUUACACGCAUACUAUGACAGUACCGUUGAGAGAAUACGGAUACAAAUUUUGUCCAAUUUUAGCUACCAAUUCACCAACUUAUAGUCUCGCCGUUUCCGAUCACGCUAAUAGUAUUGCACAUGGCACUUCAGCUGGAGAAGUAAUGACUAUUUUUCCUCAUCAACUGUUGUAUUCAGAAAAAAUAUUGCCUAAAAAAAGACAGUUGAACUCUUUUAUCGAGGCGAUGGAUUUCUUAGAAGAGCAGCAACUUGGAAAUAACGAAAACAAUGAAAGUGAAGAUAAAAAGAGAUAUUCCAAGGAAUAUCACUACAUGCCAGAAACCUACAACGAAUGCAAAGAUCGUUUUGGAAUCGUAUUCCAUGAUAAUUUAAUGGAUUUGGAAAAAUAUAUCGCUAGUAGUAAGCCGAAUAAGGAUACUCUGAAUAAUGACAAACUGAUGUCUAUUCCUAUUGAACAAUAUCCAUUUACUUCUGCAAACAGGAUGGCUUGGAAUCCAAAUGACUGGAGUUACCUGUGGCUUGCAACAAGCUAUCAAAACGGCUUAGUGAGAUUAUUGAACUUGAAUUUUAUGAAUAAGUUCCGUGAUUUGAAUACUUUGCUACAGACGCGAGUAAAGUCUAUGCUCGACAAAAAAGAACAAACUAAUGAUGACAAGUAGACUACGAAGACAGAGAAUUUUAUAGCCCUUUGUACAUAAAAAUACCUUGUACAUAAAAUCUGAAUAAAUUUUUAUCAUGUAUCGC